UAUUCAUAUUGGCGGUUGUAAAAUGAUAAUACCCCACCACCCAAACUGUGCUUCAGUGUAUCCCGAGAAAUGAAAUAUGACAUAUGAUAGGAGAGGGAUUUUACACUUAACUUUAUUUAAUGACAUAUUUAGGCAUUUAAUAACUUAACAAAUAAUCCAGUAGAGUUUAUAAAGAUCUUCUUCUGUGGUGGAAUCUUCUGUGUGCUAAAGGGUCAAGUCCAGGACCAUGAGGAGAAAGAGACUGGAGACAUUCUCAUUCUUUAACUACACAAAACAGUUGAUCACACGAUCAAUACCCAAAUAUUAUCAUUUUGAAGUCUAUUGAGAGGAAUAGAAAUGUCCAUGAGUUUGUGGACAAACGAUCCAGGCCUCUAUGAACUGAGGGCCUCUACUUCCUGGUUUUUCUGCCGCGACCUGCAGCUCUUUCUGCUUGUUUAUGUAGCGGUAUCCCCGCAUGGUGCACAGGUAUCCCCGCAUGGUGCACAGGUAUCCUCACAUGGUGCACAGGUAUCCCCACAUGGUGCACAGGUAUCCCCGCAUGGUGCACAGGUAUCCCCGCAUGGUGCACAGGUAUCCCCACAUGGUGCACAGGUAUCCCCACAUGGUGCACAGGUAUCCCCACAUGGUGCACAGGUAUCCUCACAUGGUGCACAGGUAUCCCCACAUGGUGCACAGGUAUCCCCACAUGGUGCACAGGUAUCCCCGCAUGGUGCACAGGUAUCCCCGCAUGGUGCACAGGUAUCCCCGCAUGGUGCACAGGUAUCCCCACAUGGUGCACAGGUAUCCCCACAUGGUGCACAGGUAUCCCCACAUGGUGCACAGGUAUCCCCACAUGGUGCACAGGUAUCCCCACAUGGUGCACAGGUAUCCCCACAUGGUGCACAGGUAUCCUCACAUGGUGCACAGGUAUCCCCACAUGGUGCACAGGUAUCCCCACAUGGUGCACAGGUAUCCCCACAUGGUGCACAGGUAUCCCCACAUGGUGCACAGGUAUCCCCACAUGGUGCACAGGUAUCCCCACAUGGUGCACAGGUAUCCCCACAUGGUGCACAGGUAUCCCCACAUGGUGCACAGGUAUCCCCACAUGGUGCACAGGUAUCCUCACAUGGUGCACAGGUAUCCCCACAUGGUGCACAGGUAUCCCCACAUGGUGCACAGGUAUCCCCACAUGGUGCACAGGUAUCCCCACAUGGUGCACAGGUAUCCCCACAUGGUGCACAGGUAUCCCCACAUGGUGCACAGGUAUCCUCACAUGGUGCACAGGUAUCCCCACAUGGUGCACAGGUAUCCCCACAUGGUGCACAGGUAUCCCCCCGUAGAGUGUCAAUAGUAUCAUCGAGGCAGA